GCGAUAGUAAAAAUUUGCAAAACAAGAAAAAUAAAGACCGGUUUUGCGGCUUCCCGGAGUUUUGCGAAUAGAACCCAGCGUUAGCGUUUUGUUUUCACGUACAUUUUAGCAAUAUUUGUAAAGCAUGUCUUCACCUGCACCGAAAUCGCCUGAGCUGUCGGACAAAAGCCGUAAAUACGAUAGGCAGAUCAGGCUCUGGGGUGAGCAUGGCCAGACGGUGCUGGAAAACGCACAAAUCUGUCUCAUCCAUGCAACGGCCCUCGGUACCGAGAUACUGAAGGGCAUAGUACUGCCCGGCAUCGGUGGUUUUACGAUUGUGGACCAUCGGCCCGUCACCGAGGAAGAUGUGGGGUGCAAUUUUUUCCUCGAUCUCGACUCCGUUGGUCAACCGCGCGCGAAACGAUGCAUGCAGCUGCUCCAGGAGCUAAACCCGGAUGUGAACGGAGAUUACGUCGACGAGCACGUUGAACAGCUGAUCGAUGGACAGCCGGAUUUUUUCCGCACCUUUGACGUGGUGGUUGCAACGUCCAUUAGCGAGCGCACUAUUGUGCGGCUGUCGAAUGUGCUGUGGGAGCAGAACAUUCCGCUGAUAGUGGCAAGAUCGGUCGGGUUUUACGGUGUGGCCAGGUUGCAGUUGCGCGAACAUUGCAUCAUCGAAACGCAUCCGGAUAACAAACAGACGGACCUACGGUUAGAGCAUCCGUUCGAGGAAUUGAAGAAACAUAUGGCGGCAACGGAGAUUACGAACAAGGUGCCGUGGUUGGUUGUGCUUUACAAAUUGCUGCAAGAAUGGGUAACCGCGCACGACGGGCGCUAUCCAACGACGUACCGUGAAAAGUCGGAACUGCGGGAACUGAUACGUUCGAAGAUGGAUGGAGAGCAGGAGAAUUUCGAGGAAGCUAUUAAGGCGGUCAAUUCAAGCUUCGGUGGAGGAAAACCAUCGGCCGCGGUGCGCGAGAUACUAGAAGAUGACCGAUGUGUAAAUGUUAACACCGAGAGCAACGCAUUCUGGAUCAUGGCACGCGCGUUGAAAGAUUUUGUAGACAACGAAGGCAAAGGUUUGCUACCAGUACCCGGCGUUCUGCCCGACAUGACAGCCGAUACGAACUCGUACAUUGGCCUACAAACGGUGUACCGCAAUCAGGCCGCACACGAUGCCGAGAUCGUGUUCCGCCGCUCGCGGCAACUCCUGAAGGAGCUGAACAAACCGAACGAUCUCAUCACCGACAAAGACGUUCGAUUGUUUUGUCGCGAAGCGGCCAACAUUGCAGUCGUGCGCGGUACAAAAAUUACGGACGAGUUCGAUAAAGGUUACCACCGUUCGUCACACAUUGCCAGCGUGCUGGAAACGCCCAACUCGCUCAUGGGCCACUACAUUGUGCUGCGUGCAUUGGACCGGUUUCAGGCGGACUACGGUUGUUUGCCGGGUGAGUGUGAAGCAGAGUCCGACACGACCGGUAUGAAGAGUAUUGCGGCGAAGAUGUUGAGCGAGUGGGGCAUCGGAACACCGCUGAGCGACGAUCUGGCGUACGAGAUAUGUCGGUACGGUGGGGCAGAAAUACAUAGCAUCUCGGCGUACCUGGGAGGGUGCAUUGCACACGAGCUGAUAAAGCUGGUGACGAGACAGUACCGGCCGUUCGAUAAUACGUUCAUCUACGAUGGUUCGACGUCGCAGACGGAAACCUAUAAGUUAUAAUUCAUUAGCGUUAGUUGCGUGCUUCACAGCGCGUAAAUCAUACAUACAUACACACACCCACAGCCCAUAUGUAACGUGUCGGAUUCGUUUUCGUUCUAGAUCUGUCCUGGAAAUAAAGAAGUUUUGGCGUAGAA